AUGAAUAAUCCAUCCCUGCCGGGUCAGAUGCCUCAAGGCGGUUCAGGCCAGCAGCAGCCUCCUGCGAUGACUAACCUUCAAGGCUAUUUUCAGUCCCAGCAAUAUACCACUCCAAUGGGCCCGAUUCAGGGGCCAGUCAUUAACACUCAGCCAAUUCCCACCAACAACAGCAUGUUCGCCCUGCCUCCUCGACCUCCAUUGAAUUCAAGCACCUCUUCAAAUCGCGUACUCGUCGUUCUGGCUUUCCCCACGCCGUCCGCUGCCGCGAGGUUUCGUGGGUCUGGCCCCAUGAGCCUCCAGUACCCUGGCUACUUUCACUGGAUCAACUUGCCACAAAACCCCGGAACUGUCUUGCACAGUCAUGCUGCUUGGGCAAGUUGCCCAAAAGUCGUCAUUCUCAUGGCGGAAGAUGAUUAUCAGAAUUUCAAGUAUUUCUGCACGGGACUUGCAAGCUCUGGGCCGGUUCCCUGGAGUCUCGAGCCGCACAUCAUCAAGUAUCUGCGUGUUCACGGACAUGACGAAGUCACUUUGGUCGAUCGUUUCUCGCAGCUUUGCCUCUUCGGCGCGGACGACGACUUGACCGCGACAGAACAUCUUUGGUGGCCGGGAGAGCUGGUGGGGGCCGCGAGCCAGGGCUUUCGCUGGUCCAUGAUGCCACCCAACAACCGAAGAAACAGGCCCGGCCAGGACUACAGCGCCUGUGGAGAGUACAGGUUGAGCAGGGUGGAGUUGCGUGCCUGCAGGCAGAACAUGAUGGAAGCUCCAGGAUGCCACGCCGUGCAGCACUACGACAGAUCUUGGGGAACCGGCAUGAACCCGAAUGAGCCCCCGUCGCCCAUGGAUUUAUUCCUCAGGUCCAUGGAUCGCGUGUCCUUGCCUGCACAGAAUGAACCACAAAGCAAUGCUUCGACCCCGAUGACCUUGGUCAACGACUUCGGCACCGGUUCUACCGUCUCACCGGCAGGUGGCGAGUACGUUGCAGAAUCUCAAGACUACUUCACGUCAGACGAGCAGCUUUUGCAAGCCCCCAUGCCCAGCGAACCCUAUGCGAAUAGCGGGCCCCAGAUGGGCUCGAUAUGGGACCAACUCUUGGUGCCGCCCACGGGCAAUCCACAAGAAACGCAGUAUAGUGUCGAUCCCCGACUGCUGCAGACGUACAACGAACCAGCUUCGAACGACGAGGAGAUUAUUCCGUUUCCUGGUGCUGCCUUGUAG